CUUACCAUUUCUCAUUCCUCACCUCUUACUUCCAAGGAGCUUCCCAUUUUUCAUUUCGCUGGUGAGGAACGGAACUGUAAUGUCUCACAGCAGUUCUGAUGAGGAUACUGAUAUUAGUGAAUCUGAAAUUAGUGAGUAUGAAGAUAAGAGUUACGAAGAACUGAAGAAUGGAGUACAGAAUGUGAAAACCUGGAAUGGGAAUGGGACUUUCGUAUGUCCGUACUGUCCUAGAAAGAGGAAACAGGAUUAUGUGUACAAGGAGCUCCUUCAACAUGCUUCUGGAGUGGGUCAGAGCAGUUCAAAGAAGAGAAAAGCAAGAGACAAGGCUAAUCAUUUGGCUUUAGUGAAGUAUUUGGAAAAGGAUCUCAUGGAUGUUGAUGUUCCAGCAAAAGAUUCAAAACCGACAGAUGAAAGUGAUCCUUCUGUUUAUUCUGAUGAGCAAUUUGUGUGGCCUUGGAUUGGAAUUGUUGUUAACAUUCCAACUAGGCGGACAGUAGAUGGACGAUGUACUGGGGAAAGUGGUUCCAGGUUGAGGGAUGAGUACAGAAGCAGGGGUUUCAAUCCCGUUCGAGUCAAUGGUCUAUGGAAUCACCGGGGUCACUCGGGAACUGCCCUUGUGGAAUUUUGUAAAGACUGGCAAGGCUUACAAAAUGCUUUGGCAUUUGAAAGGGCAUAUGAAUUAGAUCAUCAUGGCAAACGGGAUUGGUUUGCUAAUUCUGAGCCGAAGUGUGGCCUUUAUGCAUGGGUUGCUCGAGCAGAUGACUACAAAAUGAACAAUAUUUAUGGAGAACAUAUGCAAACGAUGGGUGAUGUCAAAACCAUAUCUGAGCUUAUAGAAGAAGAAACUCGAAGGCAGGAUAAACUUGUCUCUAAUUUGACUAAUAUUAUUCAGGUCAAGAACCAGCACUUAAAAGAGAUCGAAGUGAGAUGCAAUGAGACGACACACAAAAUAGACUUGGUGAUGAUGGAAAAAGAUAAACUCGUUCAAGAUUAUAAUGCUGCGACAAAGAAAAUACAGUCAAGUGCAAUGGAUAUUCUCAAAAAGAUUUCAAUCGAUCAUGAAAAGCUUAAAUUGCAACUAGAAUCUCAGAAAAAUGAGCUUGAGCAGCGGAAAAUCGAAUUAGAAAACCGUGAGGCAGAUAAUGAAAGUGAAAGAAGAAGGCUGGAAGAAGAAAUCAGGGAGAAUGCCAUGAAAAAUAGCUCUCUUCAUAUGGCUACUCUGGAGCACAAAAAAGCAGAUGAAAAUGUUAUGAAAUUGGCAGAAGAUCAGAGGAGACAAAAAGAACAGCUCCAUGCUAAAAUCCUUCACCUUCAAAAGCAACUUGAUAAGAAACAAGAACUGGAGUUGGAGAUUCAGCGAUUAAAGGGCUCAUUAAAUGUGUUGAAGUACAUGGAAAAUGAUGAUGAUGGUGCAGAGGUUCUGAAGAAGGUAGAUUCUUUACAAAAGGAUUUAAGAGACAAGGAACAGUCACUUGAAGAUUUAGAUGAGUUGAAUCAAGCACUAAUUAUUAAAGAGCGUGUGAGUAAUGAUGAGCUGCAGGAAGCCCGACAAGCACUGGUUAAUGGUGUUAAACAACUAUCAUCUCUUGGAAACAUCCGUUUGAAGAGAAUGGGAGAACUUGACACUACGCCAUUCUUUGAAGCAAUUAAGAAAAGAUAUAAUAGGAAGGAAGUUGAAGAGAGAGUUUUAGAACUGUGCUCAUUGUGGGAAGAGCAUCUAACGAACCCAGAUUGGCAUCCAUUCAAAGUUAUUAUGGUUGAAGGGAAAGAAAAGGAAAUUAUUGAAGAUGACGAUGAAAAGCUGAAAAAUUUGAAAAAGGAGUGGGGUGAAGGGGCAUAUAAAGCAGUGGUACAGGCAUUGUCAGAGAUAAAUGAAUAUAAUCCUAGUGGGCGAUACGUAACCACAGUAGUAUGGAACUAUAAAGAGGGAAGGAGAGCAACUCUGAAAGAAGGAGUACAACUUCUGUUGAAUCAAUGGAGGAAAAUGAGGAAUGGAAGAAAAUGAGGAAGGUUUCCAGAUAGGUUAUUGCAUGUGUUUUCAACUAUAUAUGGCUUUAGCUGAAUUUUACAAAGAAAAAAAUUGACCCAAACGCACUUUGUCUCAAUACUUUCACAAAUAUACACAUUUGAUCUCUAUAAGGUU